AUGAUUUCUCGCGUGCUUUGCCGGCGUAUGGCUGUGGCCCGUUUCUCCACUUCGGUCCCCCGCAAAGACCUCUUGCAGGAUCUCUACUUGAGUGAAAUCAAGGCUUUCAAGCCCAAGCCCGUCUCCGAAAGCGACGCUGCUGGCACCGUCAAGAAGUUCGCUGUCCCCGCUCAGCCCAAGUCUCCUUCUAUUGAGGGCGACGCCGCCGAGGUUGAUGCCUAUGCCAACUCUACUGUUGAGGUUGAGACUGAGACCGCUUCUGGCGAGCCCGUCGCCCAGACCUCCGAGGACUGGUUCCCCAUCGAGGAGGUUGCUGAGGCCCACUAA